CCGCCCGCCUUCGACAUGGCCAGCUCCGGAGAGGACACAUCCAACGAUGACGACGUGCCCCCUGCGGCAGCCGCCAUGGCGGCGGGCUCCCACCUUCUCGGCUUCUCGGACGAGAUCCUGCUGCACAUCCUGAGCCACGUGCCCAGCACAGACCUGGUUCUGAAUGUUCGGCGCACCUGUCGGAAACUGGCGGCCCUGUGCUUGGACAAGAGCCUCACCCACACCGUGCUGCUGCAGAAGGACUAUGAGGCGAGUGAGGACAAGGUGAAGCAGCUGGUGAAGGAGAUCGGCCGGGAGAUCCAGCAGCUCGACAUGGCCGGCUGCUACUGGCUGUCGGGCGCCACCAUCGAGCAUGUGGCCCGCUGCCGCAGCCUGGUGAAGGUGAACCUCUCAGGCUGCCACCUGACCUCCCUGCGCCUCUCCAAGAUGCUCUCGGCCCUGCAGCAGCUGCGCUCCCUGGCCAUCGACGUGAGCCCCGGCUUCGACGCCGGCCAGCUGAGCGGUGAGUGCAAGGCCACGCUGAGCCGCGUGCGGGAGCUCAAGCAGACGCUGUACACGCCGUCCUAUGGCGUCGUGCCCUGCUGCACCAGCCUGGAGAAGCUGCUGCUCUACUUCGAGAUCCUGGACCGCACGCGCGAGGGUGCCGUCCUGUCGGGCCAGCUGAUGGUGGGCCAGAGCAACGUGCCGCACUACCAGAACCUACGUGUCUUCUACGCGCGCCUGGCGCCCGGCUACAUCAACCAGGAGGUGGUGCGGCUCUACCUGGCUGUGCUCAGCGACCGCACGCCUGAGAACCUGCACGCCUUCCUCAUCUCCGUGCCUGGCAGCUUCGCCGAGAGCGGGGCCACCAAGAACCUGCUGGACUCCAUGGCCCGCAACGUGGCGCUGGACGCCCUGCAGCUGCCCCGGUCCUGGCUCAACGGCUCGGCCCUGCUGCAGCACUUGAAGUUCAACAACCCCUUCUACUUCAGCUUCAGCCGCUGCGCCCUGUCCGGCGGCCACCUGAUCCAGCGCGUCAUCGACGGCGGGAAGGAGCUGCGCAGCCUGGCGAGCCUCAACCUCAGCGGCUGUGUCCACUGCCUGUCGCCGGACUCCCUGCUCCGCAAGGCGGAGGACGAUAUCGACAGCAGCAUCCUGGAGACGCUGGUGGCAUCCUGCCGCAACCUGCGCCACCUCAACCUCUCGGCCGCCCACCACCACAGCUCCGAGGGCCCGGGCCGCCACCUGUGCCAGCUGCUGGCCCGACUGCGCCACCUGCGCUCCCUGUCCCUGCCUGUCUGCUCCGUCGCCGACUCGGCGCCGCGGGCCGACCGCGCUCCCGCCCAGCCCGCCAUGCACGCCGUGCCCCGCGGCUUCGGCAAAAAGGUGCGCAUCGGCGUGCCGUCCGGCCCCGGCCCCUUCCCGGGCCAGGCGGGCCCCCAGCCAUCCUCCGUGUUCUGGUCCCUGCUGAAGAGCGUGCCCUUUCUGGAGCGCCUUGAGCUGAUCGGGUCCAACUUCUCCUCCGCCAUGCCGCGCAACGAGCCCGCCAUCCGCAACUCCCUCCCGCCCUGCAGCCGGGCGCAGAGCGUUGGGGACUCGGAGGUGGCCGCCAUCGGGCAGCUGGCCUUCCUGCGGCACCUGACGCUGGCGCAGCUGCCCAGCAUCCUGACGGGCUCCGGGCUGCUCAGCAUCGGCCUGCAGUGCCAGCAGCUGCAGUCCCUCUCGCUGGCCAACCUGGGCAUGAUGGGGAAGGUGGUCUACAUGUCCGCCCUGUCGGACAUGCUGAGACACUGCACGCGGCUGAAGGACCUCAGGCUGGAGCAGCCCUACUUCAGCGCAAACGCCCAGUUCUUCCAGGCGCUCAGCCAGUGCUCCGCGCUACAGCGCCUGUGCCUGGUGUCCCGCAGCGGCACACUCCAGCCCGAGGCCGUGCUGGCCUUCAUGGCCCGCUGCCUGCGUGUCGUCGUGUGCCACAUGUUCACUGGGGAGUCCCUGGCCACCUGCAAGAACCUGCAGCAGUCCCUGCUCCGGAGUUUCCAGGCCGAGCGGCCCGCGCUGAAUGUCGUCAUCUUCCCUCUGCUCCACGAGGGCCUGACCAAUGUCAUCCGGGACGUCCCCAUGGUGCACCUGGAUGAGAUCACCUUAUUUAAAAGCAGAGUGGCCGAGGAGCCCCCGAACCUGUGGUGGUGACAGGGACAGCUGGUGCCAGGCGAAGCUGCUUCCGGCAGCCGAGCCUCCCGCCUGCCGCUGUCGCCUCUGCCAGUCUCCUGGGCCAGGAAGCAGGACUGCCCUGACGGGCGUGUGACCUGGCUACCGCUGCUCACCGCCUGCCUGUGCUGGACUCCGGGGCCCGCCGGGUCCCAAGAGGAAGGAUGCCCCCUCUGCCCAGCCAUCCCGCAUACCUGUCGUCUCCCAGGGCCUCCCGAAGCUUCCUCUUGCUUUCUCUCGGCGCUCGGUGAAGCAUGGGUCUCAUCUGUGAGGAGGAUGAGGAGGAAGAGCCGGCUGUCAGGGUGACCUGCGGGGCCCGGCGUGGGUGUUCCUGAACUGAGACUCACAGCCGUCACGCAGCGCUGACUCCUCAGGGUCCCUGACCGGGUCCCCAGAGCAGCACAGGCCGCCAGUGCCGUCCCCCGCCGCUACUUCACCCUCCACAGGGUGUCCUGUGUUUCUGGCCACCUGCAUCAGGCUCUGAAGCGGUGGCCUUGUGGGGGUGACUGUGCGUGUGGGGGUGGAUGCGCUCCUGCGGUGACACAAGGGUACAGCUGGUGAUCGUGUGCCCAAGUGGCCCUUCCUUUGGGCCAACUGGGAGCACGACGCAGUGGGAAGCUUCAGAUUUGGGGCUCUCCUUCCCAGAAAGACACAUUUUAACCCAAUUGUGUGUCCACCAGGUCUCCAGCCAGAUGGAGUCAGACAAGUUCCGGGCCGCUGGCUGGGCAGGGUCCCCUGUGGGGCUGGGACCAUGGGGCGAGGCCUGGGGCAGGCCUGUUGCCCAGCCAGCACAGCACUCAGCUUUAGGACCCGCUCUCCGUGAAGAUCUGUGUUUCUGGGGAACUACAUAUCUGGCUUCAUUCAAGACACUUGAAAUAUUAAAACUUAGAAAGGACAUUUAAAGCCAGAGUAGUGAUCCAACUACCCCAUUUUCUAGAGCUUUAUUUAGCACUUUAAAAAUUUCAGUGCAGCUAAUGCAAAUUUGGGGAGUGACCUCCCAGUGUCCGAGGCCUCUUUCCCUGUGCUGAGCCCGCUGCCUUCUCUACCACACGACUCUGCCCAGCGCUGGUGGCUCCUCGGCCCGUGGCUUCCGAGGGGCUGCGAUCGGGUUCCUUCCACCCCAGCUCCAGGCCUGAUUGCUCUCGGUGAUGCUCCUGGAGCCCUGCGGGGGACGCUGGGCACUGUUUGCGGCUUCCAGCCAGGGGCACGUCAGUGCUGCAGAGGCUGCCUCCCCGGGAUCCCCAGCCUCCGUCUCCCUCUGGGUUGGGGUGCAGGGCUCAGUGGGCCCUGCUCACGCUGCUGGUGCCCUUCUUGGCUGCCAUCUCUUCUGGGGCCCCCAGCCCGGCCAUCUUCCCACUUUGUGUCUGUGGUGACUGUCCCCCUCCCCCCAUUCCAUGUAGCGUGUCCUGCAGCUUACCUACUAAAAGAACAAGUCUGUGGCCCUGGGGCUUUUCACUUGCCUUUCCUUCCCUGGGUUCUUGAGGGACGGAUAGUUCAGCAGCCCCAACUCUGCGGGGCUGAGGGGGCCCAGGAAGCCAGACAGAGCUGCAGGAAUCAAGCAGUCCCGGGGUCAGGGCCCUGGGAGGAGCAGUCUGUCUGGCCGUCACUGCCCAUCCCGGGGGCUCUGCUCUGCCCUCCCGUCCCUCCUCUUGUCUGAAUGGACGGGGGUCUAUACAGGUGGCGUGGGGUGAGUCUCCCCGCUCCUCACCCUGGUUUUCAUGCCUUCUCCCUGCCCCAGGCUGUGGCCGGCUCUUCUUUGCAGCCUGAACAGAGGGACCGGUCUGCACGUCGCCCGCAGGUGAAUGCCUAUGGGCUUCACCUUGGAGGUCCUGAUGUGGUCUGAGAGCCCUGCCUGGCCUUGGAGGCUGACGGACGGGGUGCCCUGGGCCCCAAAGAGACGGGGCUGAGGUUCCUGUAGGGUCCCAUGGCUGUAGAUGAGGGUGUGAGAAUUGGUGGGCGUACCUCCCCUCCCCAGUUUUGAGCUAUUUCAUGUGGUGCCCAGGGACCCCCCCCGCCCCCCAGGCAGGAAGGGCCUGGUAUGGGGGCUGACCGCUUCUGACCCUCAGAGCAAGCGUGUGGCUGGUGGCAGCCUGACCGGCACGGCUGAGGUGCACAGGGCCCUAGGUGGCUCUGGGUGUCCUUCUCUCCUCCAGAGCAGCCCGGGCUCCGGCUGGAGAGUGAGCUUUCCCCCAGGCUGCGAUGGUGUGUUCAUGCACUCGCCUGGGCAGCCUGUUUGCACGAGCGAGCGGGCUUAACCAGCAGCAUCACCGUUGCCGCCAAACAGGGCUGGGAGGGGCCGCUCACCGAGGCUGAGCCGGCGGGGUGGGGGGCGGUGUUGUGCAGAGCCGCCCCCGCCCAGCAGACCUUGUAUUCUUAGCGUCCCCGUCCGGCUCCUAGAGCAAGAGCUGCCGCCACUCCUGGCCCGAGACGGGACUGCGCAGAUGUUAACACUGCGCUGUUUGUCGCUGAGUGCUGUUUUGGCAGUGGUGUUAAUUGCAAUUUAUAUUCUGCAGCUUUUUAUGCGGGGAAAAGAACCCACCCUAAUGGUCCCCAGUUGGCAGAACUGGGCUGUUAAGUGCGGACCAUAUGCUGCCUGCCGAGAGGGGCCUGGUCAGCACUGCUGGCUGCGCGUGCGCGUACAUCCACGUGCACACGCGUGUGAGUGUGGUCUGCUUCAUGCACGUGCACGGUGUGCGUGCGCGUGCACGUUUCCACACAUGAUUGCAUGUGUG